GGGGGUAGAGCGCUGAGCGGGUGGCGGCAGGGGACAGUACCUGGUUGCCUUGUAGAACAAAUGCAGCCUUCCAUGGUGGAGUCCAACAUCGUAGGGUGAGCCGACCACCCGAAUAGCAAGUACCUGGAACUUUGCAUCCUUAAGAAAGUUUUUUUUUUUUUUUAAAAACAGUCUCAAUCAUAAGGCACCCUUUAAAUGCUCAGCAGUAAGAGUUUUUAGUGACUGACUUUGGAAAUUUCAUAGCAAGCAACUUCCUAAGACUUUAAUGUUAAGCCUGUGCACGUGUGUGUAAGGGGCGAAAUUCAGGAAUGUGGAUACAGAGUUGUAUCCAGAUACUGGGGGUCGCGUGUGCUCAGCCUGCACCUGGGCUCAUGUGCUCAGUCCGGAACCCUCAUCUGUGAACAGGAUAUUAAAAUUUUUAAUAGCGUUGGACUGCUCGGACCCAGUGAGAUUUGAGAAGGAACUCCAGAUUUUUCGUUUUUAAACUCUAAAUGUAUGAGAAAGUUACAGAAUGGAGAAUGAAAAGGAAAAUCUCUUUUUUGAGCCACAUAAAAGGGGACUAAUGAAAACACCUCUGAAAGAAUCCACCACAACAAAUGUAAUGUUGGCAGAGAUUCAGCCUGCCUUUGGCCCUCUAACUACACCCACCAAGCCCAAGGAGGUCUCCCAGGGGGAGCCGUGGACACCAACAGCCAACCUGAAAAUGCUCAUCAGUGCUGUGAGCCCUGAGAUCCGCAGCAGGGAUCAGAAAAGGGGAUUGUUUGACAACAGAAGUGGAUUACCUGAGGCCAAAGACUGUUUACAUGAACACUUUUCUGGAGAUGAAUAUGAAAAAUCUCAACCAAGUCGAAAAGAGAAAAGUUUAGGAUUGUUAUGCCAUAAGUUUUUAGCACGCUAUCCCAAGUACCCUAAUCCUGCUGUGAAUAAUGACAUCUGUCUUGAUGAAGUGGCGGAGGAACUGAAUGUUGAGCGUCGACGUAUUUACGAUAUCGUGAACGUCCUAGAGAGUUUACACAUGGUGAGCCGCCUCGCCAAAAACAGGUACACCUGGCAUGGGCGACAUAAUCUCAACAAGACCCUCGGUACUUUGAAGAGUGUCGGGGAGGAGAAUAAGUACGCCGAGCAGAUUAUGAUGAUCAAAAAGAAAGAAUAUGAACAGGAAUUUGACUUUAUUAAGAGUUACAGUAUAGAGGAUCAUAUCAUCAAAUCAAACACUGGCCAAAAUGGACACCCAGACAUGUGUUUUGUGGAGCUCCCUGGAGUGGAAUUUCGGGCAGCUUCUGUAAACAGCCGCAAAGACAAGUCUUUAAGAGUAAUGAGCCAGAAAUUUGUGAUGCUGUUUUUGGUGUCAACGCCUCAGAUAGUAAGCCUAGAAAUUGCUGCCAAGAUUUUAAUUGGGGAAGACCAUGUGGAAGAUUUGGAUAAAAGCAAGUUUAAAACAAAAAUUAGGAGGUUAUAUGAUAUAGCUAAUGUUCUGAGUAGCCUGGAGCUUAUCAAGAAAGUUCAUGUUACAGAGGAAAGAGGCCGAAAACCAGCUUUUAAAUGGACAGGCCCAGAAAUCAGUCCAAAUACCAGUGACUCCAACCCAGUCAUUCCUUUUACUACCUCUGAGUUAGAGGUGAAGCGAUCUUCAAAAGAGAACUGUGCCAAAAACCUCUUUUCCACACGUGGGAAACCAAACUUUACUCGACACCCAUCUCUUAUCAAACUGGUAAAGAGUAUAGAAAGUGAUCGGAGGAAGAUAAAUUCUGCUCCCAGUAGCCCUGUCAAGACCAACAAAGCUGAGAGUUCUCAGAAUCCUGCACCCUUCCCGAGUAAAAUGGCUCAGCUCGCAGCUAUUUGCAAAAUGCAAUUAGAAGAGCAAUCCAGUGAACCCAGAAAGAAAGUGAAAGUACAGCUGGCAAGAUCUGGGCACUGUAAACCAGUAGCCCCUCUGGAUACCCCAGGGAGUGCUGAACUGGACCUGACAGCACCAUCCCUAAUCCAGCCCCUGGGGAUGGUUCCACUGAUCCCCAGCCCAUUGUCAUCAGCAGUGCCUGUGAUCCUACCUCCGGCCACUUCGGGCCCAUCCUAUGCCAUCUACCUGCAGCCUGCCCAAGCCCAAACCAUGACACCACCCCAAGGCCUGAGCCCAACUGUCUGCCCCACUCACUCUUCUAAAGCUACUGGAUCAAAAGACUCCACAGAUGCCACCACUGAGAAGGCAGCCAGUGGUGCCACAAAGUGCAGUGCCUCCACCAGGCUUGGAAGCUUGCUGCCAGCCCCAGAGAAACAAAGUACAAAGAACCGAAACAGGGAGCCAGCUGGAGAAAGAGGCUCGAAGAGGGCAAGCAUACUUGAAGACAGUGGCUUCCAAAAGAAAUUCAAAGAGGAUUUAAAAGGACUUGAAAAUGUCUCCGCAACCUCACUCCCAUCAGGAUACCUAAUCCCUCUCACCCACUGCUCAUCCCUGGGGGCGGAGUCCAUCUUGUCUAGUAAAGAAAACUCAGGUGCUCUUUCCCCAAACCACAGGAUCUACAGCUCCCCGAUCGCAGGUGUUCUUCCAGUGACAUCAUCUGAACUCACUGCUGUUAAUUUUCCCUCUUUUCAUGUAACACCUUUGAAGCUAAUGGUCUCACCAACUUCCAUGGCAGCCGUACCAGUCGGGAACAGCCCGGCUCUCGCUGCGAGCCACCCCGUUCCCAUCCAGAACCCAAGCUCAGCCAUUGUAAACUUCACCCUUCAGCACCUGGGACUCAUCUCCCCCAGUGUCCAGGUGUCUGCCAGCCCUGGGGCCGGAAUCAUUCCUGUGUCUCCAAGAAUAGAGGCUGUUAGUGUCAUAACAGAAAAUGCAGGCACUCACCAAGGAAGGGCCACCAAUUAUGACUCGCCAGCCCUGGGCCAGAAUCAACUGAAUGGGCAAUCAGUUGCUGUGACGGGGGUAAAACAGCCUGUUCCUGUGACACCCAAAGGGUCACAAUUAGUGGCCGAAAGUUUCUUCCGUACCCCGGGUGGACCCACCAAGUCAACUAGCUCAUCCUGUGUGGAUUUCGAUGGUGCUAAUAAAACCUCCUUAGGAACUCUCUUUAUCCCACAGCGCAAACUAGAAGUGUCAGCAGAGGAUGUUCACUAAUUGACAGAUACUGGCUUAGGUUGAUUUUCUAAAGUGUUGUUUAACAGAGAAGAUGGACACAGACUGCUUGGGAGAACACAUUCUCUGAAAAUACUGUACAUAUGUUGGGGUUUGCUCAAUGUCAAAGCAUAUAUUCGUUUUCAUACAUACAUAUUGUUUACACACACACACAAAUAUACACAAAAUAUAUUUGUAGAAAGCUAAAUUUAGCCUUCAGUCCUACAAAAUAAAAGUAAAAUGUUGAACAAAGAUACAUUAACUUCUAGGGGGAGAAGAUUCAUUAUUUCAGCUGUGCCUGUAAUAUUAUGCAAAGUAACUGUAUUAAAGUUUACUUCCCUUUGAGUAUAUAUGUUCGACGUGCCUAACACAGCAUUCUCUUAAACUUUUUGCACAAAGAAAAUGCUGUGUAAUGUAUAAUGUUGUAUUUUUAAAUAGGGCUAUAGCUAUAUUUUUUGUAAUUCCUUUCAUCUGUUGUUGCAGUAUGUCUUUUUGUAAAGUUCGCAACAAUUCUCAAUCAAGUCUAUGGAAAAAUUAUUUAUAAAGUGUAUUUUUAAUCAUAAGUUGUUCAAAUUAAAUCCUUUCUAAAAU